AUGAAAAUAUUGGAUAUUCUCUGGGGGCGGGGCGGCGGGACGGACGCGCGCGGAUACGCGGACGUGUAUAAUGUAGAGCGCGCGGUGCGGCGGCUAGCGGUGCGCGGGCCGCAGCGCGGGGACCGGCGGCGCGUGCGGCUUGAGGCGCGCGGGGUGCUGCGCGAGCGUGUGCCGGCGCAGGUACAGCGGCGUCUUGAAGCAGCGGCCGCACGUGGCGCACACCACCGGCUGCGCCUCGUGGAUGAGCCGCACGUGCUGGCGCAGGUUGGACGCGUUGCUGUAGCGGCGCCCGCACUGCGCGCACCGCACGCCCCCGCCCCCGCCGGCCGCGCCGCCGCCCGCGCCGCCCCCGCCGCCCGCUGCCAACAACACCACGAUCGCACUGCGCCCCCGCCGUCCCGCCGUCCGCCGCCCUACCGCCCUACCGCCCUACUGCCCCAACGCACUAACCCCAUCCCAUCCCCA